AUGGCUGGAGCCGACGGUCCUUCUUCGGGGCACACGUCUAAGACAAAGGCACACCCCCCACCUCCGCCGUUCUACCUCCCUCUAAACGUCACGCUCUACCUAUGCCUCAUUUCCAAUAUCCUUGCGGCAGCAUUCGCCCCGAUUCAGGACUGCGAUGAAGUCUUCAACUUCUGGGAGCCGGCGCAUUACCUGGACCAUGGAUACGGACUCCAGACAUGGGAGUAUUCUCCAGUAUACUCGAUCCGAAGCUGGCUCUACGUGUCGCUUCACGCUUUGGUUGGGAAAGUAGGAUCGUUCUUCGUCAGCAGCAAGUCUGCUGAGUUCUAUACUAUCCGGGUGUUCCUGGCCAUAGUUUGCGCGGCCUGCCAGACUCGAUUGUAUUCCUCCAUCUGCCGAGCCCUCAAUCCUCGCAUCGGCCUCAUCUUCCUGAUGAUCGCUGUCUUCAGUCCCGGCAUGUUCCAUGCAUCAGCUGCAUUUCUGCCGUCCUCCUUCACCAUGUACACGUCGAUGUUAGGUCUUACCGCGUUCCUGGACUACAAGAAUGGUCCGAAGACCGCGCAGGGAAUCAUGUGGUUUGGACUCGGUGCAAUUAUCGGAUGGCCGUUCGCAGGAGCUCUCAUCCUGCCUCUGAUUGCAGAGGAAAUCGUCAUUUGUUUCUUUGCUGGCUCCCUGGGUUCUCUCUUUUAUAUGAUCUUCGACGGAGCUCUCAGAUGUCUUGCGAUCGCGGGCCUUGAAAUGGCAGUCGACUACGCUUUCUUCCGCAAGAUUGCUCUUGUUCCAUGGAACAUCGUCGCCUACAAUGUUUUCGGAGGCCAGGGUCGAGGCCCCGAGAUUUUUGGCACUGAGCCGUGGACCUUUUACAUCCGGAAUCUCCUCUUGAAUUUCAAUAUCUGGUUUGUGUUGGCGCUGCUCUCUGGCCCCCUUCUCAUCUGCCAGGCCUUGUUCCGGUCCCACACCACCUCUGUGCAGACCUUACUGCACUCCGUCACUCUGGUCGCACCCUUUUACAUGUGGUUCGGCAUCUUUACUCUGCAGGCACACAAGGAAGAGCGCUUCAUGUACCCGGUAUAUCCCUUCAUCGCUCUUGAUGCAGCUCUUGCAUUCCACAUCAUUCUCUCUUAUCUCGGAUCGAACAACCCGAAAGAGAUCGUCGGCCGCGUGCCAGCAAAACUGAAGCUUGCUGCUGUCAUGUCGGUCAUCUUGGUAGCCUUCAAUGCGGGCAUGCUGCGUAUCUUGGGUAUGGCGACGGCAUACAACGCUCCUUUGAAGGUGUUCCAGCCUUUGCAGCAAGUUGGUAUUGCCCAUGCUGGUGAUUCCGUAUGCUUCGGCAAGGAAUGGUAUCGCUUCCCAUCCUCUUACUUCCUUCCGCACGGUAUGCGAGCCAAGUUCAUCCGGAGCGAAUUCGACGGUCUUCUUCCAGGCGAGUUCCCUGAUGCCCAAAGUGCCCUUGCGCGGCUGGAGGGAGCCUCGCAAAUCCCGUCGGGGAUGAACGAUCUGAAUGAGGAAGAUCCCAACAAAUAUAUUGAUAUCUCUACAUGCUCUUUCCUGGUCGACUCUUACUUCCCUGGCCGCGAAGAGACCAAGCUGGAACCUCACUAUAUUCUGAAAGGAUCGGAGUGGGAAAAGCUCUCUUGCUCCCGUUUCCUGGAUGCAUCUCAAACCGGCUUACUGGGACGGCUCAUCUGGACACCUAAUCUGCCUUUUGUCCCGGAACAGUUCCAGCGCAAAUGGGGCGAAUACUGCCUUCUCCAACGACGGACCGGCGCAAGCAGUGUCUAG